AUGGUGAACAAGAAGAAAUGCUCUUUUGGGAGGGGAAGCAUUGAAUAUCUAGGACAUGUCAUUUCAGGCCAAGGAGUGGCUGCUAAUCCUGCCAAGAUAAAAGCCAUGGUGGAAUGGCUAAUCCCUAAAGACGUGAAGGGAUUAAGAGGCUUCCUAGGCCUCACAGGUUAUUACAGAAAAUUUGUUAAAGGAUAUGGCAAAAUAGCAUGGCCCCUAACUCAACAAUUAAAGAAAGAUAAAUUCCAAUGGAAUGAUUAUGCACAAGUGGCAUUCGAGAAUUUGAAAAAAGCUAUGACUCAAGUGCCCGUUCUUGCUGUCCCAGAUUUUGACAGAAUUUUUGUGGUGGAGACAAAUGCAUCUAGGAAGGGGAUUGGAGCGGUGUUGAUGCAGGAAUGA